UGGGCAGGGCUUUUCCGCCUGGGCCCCUGCGCGUCCCCCGCCUCGCCGGGCUGCCCUGUCCCCGCCACCACCAGCGCGACUGAGCUACCAUGGAGCGGGCUGCACUCUUCGGGCAUGGCCGGGAGGCGCCCCUGGCUGCAGGGGACGUGGGCGAGCUCUUGGUCCCUUACAUGCCCACCGUCCGGGUGCCCAAGACCGGCGACCGCGUCUACAAGACCGAAUGUGCCUUCUCCUACGACUCGCCGUGUUCCGAAGGAGGCCUCUAUGUGUGCAUGAAGACUUUCCUGGGAUUUGGAAGGGAACAUGUGGAAAGGCAUUACCGGAAGACGGGGCAGUGCGUGUUCAUGCACUUGAAGCGGCACAUGAGAGAGAAGGUAACAGGGGCAUCUGGUGGAGCUUUACCAAAAAGGAGAAACACCAAGCUAUUUUUAGAUCUGGAAUCCAAUGGUGAUUUAAACAACGACGAUUAUGAAUACGAGGAUGAAGCCAAACUUGUCAUAUUCCCUGAUCACUAUGAGAUCCCUUUGCCCAAUAUAGAAGAGUUACCCGCACUGGUCACCAUAGCUUGCGAUGCAGUCCUCACUUCGAAAUCUCCUUAUCGAAAACAAGAUCCCGACUCCUGGGGGGAGGAGCUGCAAGUUUCCAAACACGCCAGUAGUCUCGUACAGAUGGAUAAUGGAGUCAGGAUUCCACCAAGUGGCUGGAAGUGUUCGAAAUGCGACUUGCGGGAGAACCUUUGGCUGAACCUGACAGAUGGGUCAGUAUUAUGCGGAAAGUGGUUCUUUGACGGCAGCGGGGGAAAUGGACAUGCCCUGGAACACUAUAAAGAGAUGGGCUAUCCCUUAGCGGUGAAGCUCGGAACAAUUACUCCAGAUGGUGCAGACAUCUAUUCCUUUGAUGAAGAGGAGCCAGUGUUGGACCCACACAUAGCUAAACACUUGGCGCAUUUUGGAAUCGAUAUGCUGCAGAUGCAGGUGACAGAGAACGGACUGAGGGAUAAUGACAUAAAACCCAGGGUCUCCGAAUGGGAAGUGAUCCAGGAAUCUGGUAUGAAGCUGAAGCCGAUGUAUGGGCCAGGCUACACUGGCAUGAAAAACUUGGGCAACAGCUGUUACAUCAGCAGCAUCAUGCAGGCCAUUUUCAGCAUCCCUGAAUUUCAGAGAGCGUACGUGGGAAAUCUUCCAAGAAUAUUUGACUAUUCCCCUCUGGACCCAACCCAAGAUUUUAACACACAGAUGGCUAAACUGGGACACGGCCUCCUCUCAGGGCAGUAUUCUAAACCGCCUGUCAAAGCCGAACUCAUCGAACAGGUGAUGAAAGAAGAACACAAGCCUCAGCACAACGGCCUUUCCCCGCGCAUGUUCAAAGCCUUCGUAAGCAAAGGGCACCCAGAAUUCUCUUCCAGCCGGCAGCAAGAUGCCCAGGAGUUUUUCCUGCACCUUAUAAAUUUAAUAGAGAGGAACCACAUCGGCUCCGAAAACCCCAGCGACGUCUUCCGGUUCUUGGUGGAAGAGCGCACGCAAUGCUGCCAGUCCCGGAAAGUCCGGUACACGGAGAGGGUCGACUAUAUCAUGCAGCUGCCUGUGGCGAUGGAGGCCGCAAUGAACAAAGAUGAACUGAUCGCCUACGAGCUGAAGAGGAGAGAAGCAGAAACGGCCAGGAGGCCGCCUCCGGAGCUUGUUCGUGCCCGGAUCCCGUUCAGUGCCUGUUUGCAGGCUUUUUCGGAACCAGAGAAUGUAGCAGACUUCUGGAGCAGUGCCCUUCAAGCCAAGUCUGCUGGAGUUAAAACCUCUCGCUUCGCAUCAUUUCCUGAGUACCUCAUAGUACAGAUAAAGAAAUUCACUUUUGGCCUUGACUGGAUACCCAAAAAGCUUGACGUUUCCAUAGACAUGCCAGAUCUCCUGGACAUCACUCACCUCCGUGCCACAGGCCUGCAGCCAGCAGAGGAGGAACUUCCAGACAUCUCUCCGCCCAUUAUCAUUCCUGAUGACCCCAAAGGUACUGCCAACUACUACGAGGAACUCUACCUCCCCACCAUUCUCCACCAGAACUCUCCAGACAUUGACGAAUCUUCAGUAAUGCAGCUGGCAGAGAUGGGUUUUCCGCUUGAAGCGUGUCGAAAGGCUGUGUACUACACAGGCAGCAUGGGCGCCGAAGUGGCUUUCAACUGGAUCAUUGCCCAUAUGGAAGAACCAGAUUUUGCCGAGCCAUUGGCCAUUCCCGGCUAUGGAGCAGCUGCUUACUCGGGGGCAGGCGAUCUGAGAGCUCUUGGGCUGGAUAACCAGCCUCCAGAAGAAAUGGUGGCCAUCAUUGCCUCCAUGGGCUUCCAGCGGAAUGUCGCUAUCCAGGCAUUACGGGCAAAGAAUAGUAAUCUGGAGCAUGCAAUAGAGUGGAUCUUCAGUCAUCCAGAUCCCAAAGGGAAUGAAACCACUUCUGAGACUAUGGACAUGGAGAACCACGUGAACGCCAACAUCCUUGCCGAAUCAGAUCCAGAGGGCCCCAGGAUCAAAGAUGGAUCUGGACGAUAUGAGCUCUUUGGGUUCGUCAGUCACAUGGGAACAUCUACAAUGAGCGGCCACUACGUUUGCCAUCUCAAAAAGGAGGGAAGAUGGGUGAUCUACAAUGACUUGAAAGUCUGUGCCUCUGAGCGGCCACCCAAAGAGCUGGGCUAUAUUUACUUCUAUCACAGGAUACCAAGUUAGGCCUCAGUUUAGCUUUUAUUUGCAAAGUUCAGUUUUAUUUUUGUGCGGAAGUCUUGUUCCUUUCCACCAGCAGAAUUUUACCGUGGGAUCCCAAGCCUCUAUACCAAGAGCAAAAGUUUGUGAUCCUGCUCUCACCGCAGCCAGUAGCUGAACCCUUGUUGACACCGGCAGCCCCCAAACCAGGGUGCAGGCCAUGGGAUGUUCUUCUAAGUCUGUUUCCCUUUGAAAUGAAUGGGAGACAUGUCCCAAUAAAGCCAAGUAUCACCCAUUCAUUUCACAAAACUUACAAAGUUGUAAUGAAUUAUUUUCCAGGGACUGAUGAACAAUGGAAAAUAAGAUCCUCUUUUAGAUUCCACCAGAUCAGAAAAUGAUUCAGAGCCUCUGUUUAAAGGUACAUUUCCCCCCCAAGGCCGGGCCGGUGGGGGGGAGGUGUUUAGAAGAUCAUUUUAAAAACCCUCGAUUAUAGUUUAUUGGCUCUUUCUUUGACAUCUGCAAACUAAGGGGAGGGGGGAGAAGAUAAAAAUGCUUUCUAAGUGUUAAUUUCUAGGGAUGGGCAUGAAUCCCAGUACACAAGCCAAAAUUUGGCAUGAACUUGGCCCAGUUUAGAGCCCGUGAACCAAUAUUCAGGGAAAGUGCCUUCCCCAAAUAUUUCCUGGGUUUUUGUCCAGUUUAGCUCUUCAGGCUAUUUAAAGCUAACAAUUGAGCGGCAUGGGUCUAACAGCUCACUUGUUAGGUUUAAAUGGCUGCGAGCCAUUUCAGUGGUGGCUUUUGCUUUCCCCUGCUUGGAAAUGCACCCACCCUACUGUUAGGUUUACAGCCUAACAGUAAAAAUACAAAACAGGUACCAAUGUCAGUAGAGAAUCUCUACACAAAUACACUGGAUGAACAAUAAUACCUUCACACAAAUAUAGUGCGUAUAAUCAUAGAUUAUACACCCGAUAUUUGUGUGAAGGUAUUAUUGUUCAUCUAGAGUAUUUGUGUUGAGAUUUAAAGCUAACAGGCAGGGCAGGUUGUCCCAUCAGCUCUUAGGUUUAAAUGUCCACAAGCCAUUAAGCAUGCCAGUUUCACACCCUCCUACUUCGAAGCAGGGAGAAGCAAAAUGGAUGAGUUAAAUGGCUACCAGCCAUUUAACCCUUCCUGGGCAGAUCCUCCCUUUCUUCUGGUUACAGUUUGCUGCAGCUUAGAGAAAAGGAGACCUGAACUGGCUGGUUCGGUUUGGAGCAUUUUGGGUUCAGUUCAGGUACUGCCCCAAACUGAACCAGAAUGUUCAGGUUUGUGCCCAUUUGUAUUAAUUUCUCAUUGGUUUUCUCAUGUUCUCAUCGCGAAGACUAAUGCAGAAUCAGUGUUAAAAUAUGGGUAACAUUUCAGUGGCAAGGAAUCAAACGGUAAACCUUUAUCAGACCUAGGAACUGGUCUUUUCCAGUUUAUUCUCUACCAGUGUUAUUUGUACAGACAUCUUGAUCUCCACAGAUGCAUUUAGUCCCGUUAUCAGUGAAGGUUUAUUUCAUUAUAACUUUUGGUGCACUUAUAUAUUUUUUAAAGCAAUCAGAUGAGUGCGUGCAUAUAACUUGCAGCUGAAGGGUAAUGAGCAUAUCUUUACCAGACGAUCAUCCUGUGAAUAGAAUCCUACUUAGCCUCUCCCUAGGAAACCUGCUUCAGAGCAACUUUUCCAAAUCUGCACACUGACAAGAUAACUCAGGCAGUUGCACAGUAAACAUGGUGCCGGUUUGGAUGCUUUAAAAUGCAAAGUAGCCCCAUGGAGGAAGCAACAUGGUGGCAGAUACAGGCAUUGCUUCCAGCAAGCGUCAACACAAAAUUGCAGUCGUUGGAAAAACACUCUGCCGUAAUUAACACACAGCACCUCUGUGUGAUCUUCCGUACAGUUGUGUCUUGCCCGUGUGGCUGUGGCAGCACGAAGGAUUUUAAGACAUCUGGACUGUUAACUUGGUAGCCCUGUCAGGUGGAUGUUUUAGAUGCCAGUUGCAGUAUUUAAAAAUGGCGUCUCCUGCCUAGUGGCCUUUGUCUUCCACCUUUGCGGCAAUUCCACUGUUUUUCUGUGACGUUUGACUUUCUGUGGCAUUGGAUGACUAUGCAAAAUCAGGGUGGAGCUGGAUGUGCCUUUUUUGAUGUCAUCUCUUCUCCUCACUUGACCUUCCCCCACUCCUCAAAUCGGAUGGGGAUCACUGUAGGAGCCCCGUCCCACCUCUCGAAGUUGAUUACUGAAUCCUGGAAAGCGUUCGCAAAAGUGGGCAAGUGCUUCGCGCCAUUCAGAGUUGUUUGCUUGAAACACUGUUCCAAGUUUUGGAGAGAAUUUGCCUGCCGUGUAAAGGCAUAUGAAUGAGAGAUUGUUGCAAUUGUUUUAAAUUAAUAAAAAAAUUCUCAUA